GGAUGUAUUUCUAACAUGGUUGUUUCCUUGACUAGGUACAUAUGUUGGAUAUAGAAUGUUUCACGUAUCUCCAUCGUGCUCUCGAAUCAUCUCUUGCACCAAUUGUUAUCUUUGCAACAAACCGUGGAUCUUGUACAGUAAGGUAAUAAUUCCCUUACCAUGUCGCAAAUGUUCACUGACUUUUUGCAACAAAAUCAAUUCUCAAUCUGUAAAAUAUUGUAUAUUCUUUCGAUUCGACUGUGUAUAUAUUUGUUGAAUCUUAAUAACUAUCAGAUUUGAGACAGUAAUGUCACAGUUUCACUCGUUAUACAGUAAAGCUUAGAUAAUCGAUUAUAAGGAAAUUGUGAGCGUAACAUGUAUUGUUUUUGCUUGCGGUCCCAGAACCCACCCGUCUGGCGGUCUCGCUUAGGAUUUGUACUCGAUGACUGUUAGAAAUAGUGGAUUGCGGUGCCAAAAGGAAGUUUAGCAUCACUGUAUAUUCGUUGCGUGAUAGUCUCAUAUAGUCCGUGAGCACAGAAUAAAGAUCAGUACCAGAAGGGCCACUCAGCGGUGCAACGUGUCCCCAUUUUUCUAUGCAAAAACAUGCAAUUGACUGGCUAGGAAGAUGGCGGCCAGCCAAUACAGCGCGUUCAUUGGCCAGAAAAUGUAAUCGACUGGCUAGGAAGAUGGCGGCCAGGGUGACAGAAAUUUCAAAGCUUCCGACGUAAGUGGCCCUUCUGUGUGCCUUAUUCUGUGCCGUGAGUUUGUUCGGAAUCAUAACAUUCAUAACUCACAAGCCUUGGUAUUUAUUGGAAAUAGUAUGUGUUCGCGCUUGUGGUGUACUUGUUUUGCGCACACUCCGGCGCACCGCACUGUAGUACUAUGUCUGGUUUGUUUUAUAUCCGUUAAAUACAGAUGUAAAUUUCAGUAUUUUUACUAGCAAUCAUUGUAUAUUUAUUUUCCACAGAGGUACUGAGAUUAUUUCUCCACAUGGCAUUCCAUUGGAUCUACUUGAUCGUGUCAUGAUCAUUCGCACAAUGCCGUAUGCCCUGGAGGAAACUGUCCAGAUUCUCAGGAUACGAGCUCAGAUUGAAGGAAUACAGAUUGAUGAAGAAUCCUUGCAAUCACUUGGAGAAACUGGAACUAAAACAACACUGAGGUUAGAAACCUUCAUUGGCUGAUAGUUCAGCAAAUAUAAAAUAAUGUUAUAUUACGAAAAAAGUUCAACCUCACUUCAUUUGUAAAGAUCAACGUGCUCCAAUACUGACAUCAUAAUAGAUUGUUAUUGGGUCAGUUGUUAAUGCAUGAAAUACUUUUUCCUUGUAGAUAUGCUGUACAACUGCUAACUCCAGCACAUUUCCUUGCAAGGAUUAACGGUAUGUUAAAUAUAUUGUGAUUUUCUAUGAUAAUGAUUAUAAGCCGUGUUUACUUUUCAAGCAGUGGCCUUGUUUUAUGUUUUUAAAAUUGAUUACAUUUUUCAGUUUUUAACCUAAAAGCUAAAAUUUGAAGUUUAAAUGUAAUGUAUACUUCAUGAGUGUUGUGUCACACUUUCAGGAGUCCAUAGGUCGAGAAGAAUAUAUGUACAAUAAAAUCUGAGUAAUACUGUAAAAACCGUCCGAAAAUUGUUCCAGACGUUAUGAAGCGGUUGCAUGCCCAAGGAAGGAUAUUCCUAAAAGAACGUCUCGCUAGCUCUGAUUUCGUACUAGACACAUAUUAUGAAUAUAUCAUGUUUGGUACAUUCUUGUAUUUAAUUAGGGGCUAACCGAUCAGAUACGUUUAAUCUCCCCGAUUAACCAAUCACAUGCGUACUUGUAGUCAGUAAAAGGUAGUGGUAGCGAAAUCCUCACUAAUAUCUCCAUGUACGCUGAAUUUAUUUUAGGAAGAGAAAUUAUAAACAAAGGUGAUAUUGAUGAAACUAAUGAACUUUUCUUUGAUGCGAAAUCAUCAGCAAAACUUCUGGCUGAACAAGGAGAUAAGUACAUGAAAUAAAGGAUGUAAUAUCAUUUGCUGAAACUGAUCAUAACUAGAGAAAAUAUUCGCCCAGAAGGUUGUCCAGGUUCACUGAGCUAACUGCAAGUGUACAUCAUUAUGCAUACACUACCCCGCCCCGUCGGUUUUCAAUGAAGUAACAUUUUUCUGCUCUUUAACCUACGUUUAUAAAAGCUUGCUUUUAUGUACCUAAUAAACCUAAAGUGUGCUUUUCUUAAUAAAUGUAAACAUUGUCAUGAAAAGAAAUAUUAAAGUUGCUGUGAUAAAAUCUCGCUCGGUACCAGUGUACUGCAGGUAGGAGUGAGUACAAACAGCAGAGUUGUGUAAGAGACACCACCAACUGUACAGAAGAAACUCGAGGGUUUGAGCAAAGGCCCUUCGUCUGAAAGUUAUUAUAUUCUUCAGCUAGUUGUAUCUCCUACAAAACUCUGCUUUAAGAGUUGUUGUGUCUAUUUUACUAUUGGCGGCAGUAGCCAACAGGUUAGGUCAGGCCACGUUUGUGGACGCAGUUACGGCGCUCCACUUUUAUAGACAUUUUAUUCCACAAUAUUAGUCUCUGUGUAUGUGUAUAUAUGCGAGUAGCGAUUUGGGUAGCCUCGCAGUGCCUCAAGAAGAGU